GAGAUCGUUUUCCCUACAUAGGAAAAGAAAGACGUCAAGUCUCUUUGCAACGUUAAGCGUAGUCUUUUUUAAUCUGACUCAAAUUCCGACAUCAAAUGGAGACUAAAAACGACAAUUCACUACAACAGGUGGACCUAAACCAAAUCACUGAGGAUUCAAUAUCCCCUGAAAUGGAUUUAGAGGCUGCACUGAAGGAUUGCUCGACCGCCCUCGGUUUGUUUCUAAACAACCGGUUUUCUGAUGCUUUGGCUAUCUUAAAACCCUGGAAGAGUCAGAGCAUGUACCACGCAAUGGGCUACAGCAGCAUCUUGGUGAUGCAGGCAGGCAUGACCUUUGACCCGAAGGACAUGGAUGCCGCCAUGGCAUCACUGAGAGAAUCACUGCAGACAUGCCAAAGAUUUCGGAAGAAAACUGGAAUAGUGGAGACUUUAACAAGCCUAUGGUUUAGACAACCAGCUGACAACCUGACAGAAGAGGAAAUGCAUGCAGAGCUAUGCUAUGCUGAAGUUCUGCUGCAGAAAGCAAUGCUGACAUUCCUGGAUGAGAGUAUAAUCGGCUUCAUCAAGGGAGGGAUGAGUAUCCGAAACAGUUAUCAGAUUUACAAGGAUUGCCAGGCAUUGGCCAGUGUCACAAAUGAUAUGGAAAAACAGAAGAGCACACACAUUCAUUUUAGGGGCGGUGUCAACAUGGGCAUUGGAUCAUUUAAUCUGAUGCUUUCUCUGCUCCCAUCCAAAGUCCUCAGACUGAUGGAGUUUUUGGGCUUCUCAGGAGACAGGGAAAUGGGUCUGUCAGAGUUGAGAAAAGGAGCAGCCAGCAACAGCCUGCGCUCCAUCCUCAGCACCCUGACUCUGCUGAUGUUUCAUCUCUACAUUACAGUGAUUCUGGGUACUGGUGAAGGUAACCUCACUGAGGCUGAAGCUCUGCUGGAGCCCUACAUUGAAAAGUUCCCGAAUGGAGCGCUCAUUCUUUUCUACAUUGCAAGAAUUGCUUUGCUCAAAGGAAACUUCUCAUUUGCCCAGGAGAAGUUCCUGGCAUGUAUCGCCACACAGCAGGAGUGGCGUCAGAUUCACCACCUGUGUUACUGGGAGCUGAUGUGGGCCUACUCCUUUGAACAAAAUUGGAGGGAGGCGUAUCGAUACGCUGAACUGCUCUGCAAAGAGAGCAAGUGGUCGCAGGCCACCUAUACAUUCCAGAAAGCCGCCAUCUUGAGCAUGCUACCAGAGGAAGAAGUGACCAAACUGGGAGAAAAUAUGGUGGAGUUAUUCAGGCAGGUGGAUGGUCUCAGACUGAGGAUUGCUGGGAAGUCUAUUCCAACAGAGAAGUUUGCCGCAAACAAGGCGAAGCGAUACUCUUCUUCUAACCCUGUGAAACUAGUCGUGCCUGCUUUGGAGAUGAUGUACGUAUGGAAUGGUUUCACAGUCGUUGGCAAAAGACCCGAAUUGACUACAAACAUCUUGACCACCUUGGAGGAAGCAGAAGAGCUGCUCAAAGAUGAUCCAAACCCAUCAGAGUAUCAGCUGGAUGACCAGUGUGUAGUUCAGCUGCUAAAGGGCCUGUGUUUAAGACAGCUGGGGCAUCUGCUCCAGGCUGAGCUCUGCUUCAAUCAUGUCAUUUCCAGUGAAAAAGCUAUCAAGCAUGACAACUACCUGGUGCCAUUCACCAUGUAUGAGCUGGGCCUGUUGCACAAGCAGAAAGGUGACAUCAACACAGCCAUCACAGUGAUUGAAAAUGUCAAGAUGAACUACAAAGACUACCAAAUGGAGUCAAGGCUACACUUCCGCAUCCACGCAGCACUCAACACCAUGGGCUCUUUUUCAGCCAAACUUCCCCCUUCACGUACGCCAGCUUAAGAGACCGUUUGGAAGGAUGCUCACAAAGUACAAACAACCUGAAAUAAAGGUUCUCAACCCUG